AUGGAAGCAAUAGACCGUUUAAAAACUAUAAGACAAUCUAAACGUGUAUUAAGUAUACAAAGUCAUGUUGUUAGUGGAUAUGCAGGCAAUAAAUGUUCAGUUUUUCCAUUACAAUUAAAUGGAUUUGAAGUUGAUGUUAUUAAUUCUGUUCAAUUUUCAAAUCAUACUGGAUAUAAGCAUGUUAAAGGACAACGACUUACAAGUAAUGAUUUAAAAGAUUUAUUUGAGGGUUUAAAAUUAAAUAAUUUAACAAAAUACAGUCAUAUUGUAACUGGAUAUGUUGGGAAGAUUGAUUUUUUAAAAGAAAUUAAAGAAAUUGUUUUAGAAUGUAAAAAAGUAAAUCCUGAAUUAAUUUAUGUUUGUGAUCCCGUUAUGGGUGAUUGUGGUGAGUAUUAUACACCCAAAGAAUUAAUGCCAGUAUACAGAGAUGAGAUUAUCUCUCUUGCUGAUGUUAUUACACCAAAUGCAUUUGAAUUAGGUGAAUUAACAGGUAUACCUAUUGACUCUGAAGAAAAUUGUCUAAAGGCAAUCAAUGUAAUUCACACAAAACAUGGUGUUAAAUGUGUUGUAGUUUCAAGUGGAGUUGAACACCCAACAGACAAAAAUAUUUUCUUUGCAUAUGCAUCAAGACUUACCGAAAAUGGUCAAUGUGAAAGAUACAGAUUUAAAAUUAAUAAAAUAGAUAUUUAUUGUGUAGGAACUGGAGAUGUUUUUGUUAGCCUUCUCAUUAAUUGGAUGGAUAUUCUAGGUAAUGAUAUACAACAAGCCGUCUGUAAUACAAUCUCAUCACUUCAACAUAUUUUACAUAAAACAAAUGAGUAUUGUCUGGACAAAUCGCUUCCACAAAAUCGGGAAAUAAAAUUGGUCCAGAGUAGGUAUGAGAUUUUAUGCCCCACUAUUAAAAUAGAGACGGAAAAACUAUAG